AUGAAAAGCCCCCAGAGGAACAGUGUUAUCUCUGAAACAAAAGAGCUGGUGUCAUCCACAGUGGCUGAUGCAAAGGAUGUUGUGAGCAGCAGAGUGGCAGAGGUGGUAGAUGCAACAGAGGAGGCCCUUCACAGUGGUGUGGAGGCUGCCAGAUCUGCAGUGACCAGCAGCGUGGGGAUGGUUAAGGACUUCAGAGUGGGCCAGAUGGCUGUAAGCAGAGCAGAAGCUGUGCUGGGGAGAACAGGAGAAGAUGACUCUCUCCCCAUGGGAAAUGAAGAACUAGCCAAACUUGCAGCAUCUGGGGAGGGUGCAGAUAUAAUGUCUGUGGAGCUGCAGCAGCAGAACAGGAGGUAUUUUGUGCGGUUGGGGUCUCUCUCUGAUGAACUUCUCCAGCUUGCCUACCUGCACUCAAAGGAUAAAGUUAAGCAGAUCUGGCAGGGCUUGCGGGAGGCCCUUGGACAGCUUCACAGCAUAAUUGAGCUGAUUGAGGUGUUUAAGCAAGGAUUUAAUGAAAAUCUUCAGGAGGAGUUGCAAGAGCAAUUAUGCCUGAUGUGGGUGGACUAUACUAGGAAGCUUCCUGAUGAGAGUGGAGAUAACAGCUUUGCAAAGUCAGAGGAGAUGGAGUCUCUGGCCCUACUCCUGGCAAACAGCAUCACACAGCAGCUGCAAAUCACCUGCUCUAAAGUUGUGUCUGCAAUCCAAGGCCUUCCCUCAAGCCUUCAGGAUAGAUUGAAACACUCUUUUAAUACCAUAGAGGAGCUGCAUGCUGUGUUCUUGGCAGCAAAUUCCCUCCAGGACUUGUCCAGCACCGUCUUGGGCCAUAGUCAAGAGAAACUGGCUGUAAUCUAUGAAUACAUGGAGGAGUUGCUGGACUACCUGUCGGACAACAAGCCUCUGUCCUGGCUGGUGGGACCAUUCUCCCCUAGGAAGGAGGAGGAAGCCUUGUAGGAGAAAGAAGUGAGCAUAAGCUGCUGAGAACCUUGAAGCUCCACAGGUCUGGCUGUUGCCUAGCACUUGGUCUUGGCCUUACGUACUCAACUUUCUAGCUGAAAGUGGGGUUGACACACUUUU